AUAUACACUAUAGACAAAACUGGUUUCUCACUUACUAAUAAUACUGUUAAACAAGUUAUUAGAGCUAGAGGGAAGAAGAUUCAGCAUAAAAGUAGAGGUAGAAACCAAGAAAACAUUACUACUAUUGUUACUAUCUGUACAGAUGGAACAUACACUAAGUCUGUUACUAUCUUUAAAGGCUAUAGUGUAUGGUUCACCAGCUCUCCAAAUGGUUGGACAGACUGUGAAAUAGUACUAGAUUGGUUCACAAAUCAUUUUGAGCCUAAAAUAAGAGAGAAAGCAUAUAGACACACUCAAGUUCUUAUUGUUAAUAGUUACAACUCACAUUAUUUGUUUGAACUGUUAGAAGUAACAGUUUAA